AAGCGCUCAUAGAUAUUACAGGCUAGCUGUGAAUUUCUACGAGACAACGUAUCAGAGUGCUGUUCAAAAACCGAGAAAACAUUGAAGCUAAUGAUGAAUGAUGAAACGAGGGGAUGCAAAUGGAAUGUGCUGGUCGAAAGCCACCGCGAGUUAUCACGUGCGGUCUCAUGUUUCCUGCCGGCCCGGGGGUUUAAAGCAACGCGUCACAGUUUGGAGAACAAAUUUUAUAUCCUCCCUUUAAACACUUCGAUGAUGGCCAUACCCAAAAACUUAUUCAACUCCCUCUUUGCCAAUUGCACAAUUCCACCAACUCUCGUUAUCGGAUCAGCGUUACUUUCUCGACGUUAUGGACAAAAGAAGGAAGUCCACGUCCACCAUCUUCUGUGCAAGCACACCUUUGAUGUCGACCUUUUUGAAGAGAGAAGAGAUGUGGAACUGCGUGAGGAUUCCAAGGGCGGCUAUCGAGAAGUACCUCGAAAAGGUUGGCCAGACACCACCUACAGAACGCAGGACUCUAGCCGCCUUUCGCACAUGCUUCUAGGACGGAAGGACCUGUGAGGAUUUAGGAUUCGAUCUUAGAAGCAAGAUUUGUUUCAUUGGAACUCUUGCAGAUGCUUUGUUUCCUACAUUGGGGUGGCUAUGAACUUUUUGCAUGUUGAAGUUUUGUUUUGCUUUUCCUU